CAGGAGGGCUGGUAAGGAGCAUGUCUUGGCCGGCUCCUUUUCUUUGCCUUUUGGUUUUCUUAUUAAUUCUUGCAGGAUUAGAUGGUGAAUCUGAGCAACAUGAACUAUAUCGGCAAAAAAGAAAUACCAACUACCAGCAACAACCUCGUAUGACCUCUGAGAGGGGCAACUUAGUGUUUGUUACUGGAUCUGCCCAAAAUAUUGAGUUUAGGACUGGAACCUAUGGGAGAAUCAAAAUGAAUGAAGAAGACCUCAGUGAAUGCUUAAAUCAGAUCCAAAAAAACAAAGAUGAUAUUACAGAGUUAAAAAGAAAUAGUGCUGGUCUUCCUCAAAAUGUUUCAUAUGAAAUUACUAACCUCAAUCAUCAGCUUUUGGAUCUUGAGAGGAGGUUUCAAAGCUUACAGCAGACAGUUCAAAGGAAAGUUUGCAGCAGCAACCCCUGCCAGAAUGGUGGGACCUGCCUCGACCUGUUGGACUCCUUUUUCUGCCUCUGUCCCCCAAACUGGAUGGGCCCUGUCUGCUCAGCGGAUGUCAAUGAGUGUAUGAUUUAUGCUGGAACACCCUUGAGCUGCCAGAAUGGAGCCACAUGCUUAAACACAGCAGGAAGUUACAGCUGUACCUGCAAGCCUGACAACUAUGGACCUCAGUGUGCCUCUGUGUAUAAUGAUUGUCAUCGGGGCUCGAGAGAGCUCUGUGUGCAUGGCAUCUGUGAGAACUUGGAGCGAGAGCAACUGGGGCAGCCUAACUAUAGGUGCAUCUGUGAUGCUGGAUGGGCGCCAACUCCCAACAAUUCUUCUUGCACAGUUGAUGUAGAUGAAUGCAGUCUCCCCAACCCUCCCUGUUCCCAGAAUCCUUUGGUGGAGUGUUUCAAUACCCCAGGUUCUUUCUACUGUGGACCCUGCCCAGUAGGCUGGAAAGGAAGUGGUUACAGCUGUGAAGAUAUCAAUGAAUGUGAGACUGACAAUGGAGGGUGUUCUGUAGCACCCAUGGUCCAGUGCAUCAACACAGCUGGGUCCUUUCAGUGUGGCUCCUGUCCUCCAGGUUACCAAGGGAAUGGAAAAGUGUGUAGCCCAAUGGAUAUCUGCUUAGACAAUAAUGGAGGCUGCCAUCCACAUGCUUUAUGUACCCCUGGUUCAGGUUCUAUACCCACCUGCGUCUGCCAGGCAGGAUAUACCGGACAUGGUUACGGACAGAAUGGAUGUGUCCCACUCAGCCAAAUCUGCCGGAGUGACCCCUGUGUUAAUGGACAGUGUAUUGAAAUAGUUUCUGGCUAUCUUUGUAUAUGUGACCCAGGCUGGGAAGGCAUCAACUGCACAGAAAAUACCAAUGAAUGUUUGAGCAAUCCCUGUUUCAAUGGGGGAACCUGUACUGAUGACAUCAAUGGUUAUUCUUGUGAAUGUACAAGUGCUUGGACUGGCCCCCAGUGUCAGACUCCCCAGCAAGUUUGUGGAGGUUCACUUUCUGGGCUUAGUGGAUCCUUCAGUUAUCCCAAUACACAGAUCAUUGGUUACAAUGACAAUAUUAACUGCUUCUGGGUUAUUCGAACAGAAGAAGGAAAGGUCCUACAUGUUACUUUCCCAUUUUUCCAACUAGAUUCAGUGGACAUGUGUCAUUCUCAGUUUCUUCAGAUUCACGAUGGUGAUUCUUCAGCAGCAUAUCCACUUGGAAAAUAUUGUGGCUCUAGUCACCCUCCUGAACUGUUAUUGAGCAGUAAUAAUGCUCUGUACUUUUAUUUCCAUUCUGACCAAUCAGUGAAUAAAAUAGUCUUCACAGUUAGAUGGGAAACUCAGCAACCUGAAUGUGGUGGUUUAUUGACUGAUACUUAUGGUUCCAUAAUCUCUCCUGGCUACCCUGGGAAUUAUCCUCCCAGUAGAGACUGUGUCUGGAUCAUUAGAACCAAUCCUGGCUUAAUUCUAACAUUUGCUUUUGGGACCCUCAGUCUUGAGCAUCAUGCUAAUUGCAGUGGAGACUAUCUUGAAGUUCGAGAUGGUCCCCUGAAUCAUGACCCUGUGCUUGGGAAAUUCUGCAGCACCUCGUCAGAGCCCCCUCUGCAGACCACCGGUCCUUUUGCCAGGAUUCAUUUUCACUCUGACCCCACAGGGAGUGAUAGAGGCUUCCAUAUCACCUACGUCACUUCGCUUGUGGAUCCUGAUUGUGGAGGAAAUUUCACAGAUGCUGAAGGGACCCUCGUGUCUCCUGAUUGGCCCGCUCCUUACAUUCACAAUAGACAAUGCAUCUAUAUCAUCACCCAGCCUCCUGGUGAAAAAAUGCAGCUCAGCUUUACCCAAGUGGAGCUAGAAGACCAGAACCACUGUCUACAAAGUUCAAUCGAGGUUCGAGAUGGUGAAAUCUUACUCGAAAAAUUGUGUGACAACAGGACUCAUGCCUCCAUAUACUCGAUUUCCAACAGUGUCUGGGUCAGGUUUAAGUCAGAUUCUUCAGUACAAAAGGCCAGUUUCAAGGCCAUUUACCAAGUUGCUUGUGGAGGUGAGUUAACUGGAGAAGGGAUCAUUCGUACACCAUUCUAUCCCAAUGCCUACCCUCAUGAAAAAACCUGUGACUGGAAAAUCAGUCAACCCCAAGGCCAAGUCAUCCUCCUCAACUUCACUGCUUUUCAGAUUGGGAAUUCUUCCAGUUGUGAAACUGAUUAUGUUGAGAUUUCGAACAGUCUCAGUAUGGACUCUCCUCGUACCAGAAAGUAUUGUGGCACAAACAAUCCUGGAUUGAUAACUUCCACGUACAGUACUGUCUAUGUCAGAUUCAGGAAAAGUAUCUCUUCUACAAAUUAUGGCUUCCUAGCUCAUUUCAGUGCUGCCGACUUGGAAUGUGGGGAAGUUCUUACUGCUCCAUCUGGAAAUAUCACCAGUCCUGGUCAUCCAGAUAUCUAUCCUCAUGGUGUCAACUGCACAUGGUUAAUCUCAGUCCAGCCUGGUUACCGAAUCCGGCUAUUAUUCCAAGCAUUUCAUCUGGAUUUCCAUUACAAUUGCAUCACUGACUAUCUAGAAGUUUAUGAUGAUGGCACUGGGACAAGUCUUGGCAGGUAUUGUGGGAAGUCAGUGCCUCCAUCACUCAUGAGCAGCGGGAACAGACUGGUGCUUCACCUAGUGACCGACUCUUCCAUUGCUUAUGAAGGCUUCUUUGUGGUUUAUGACUCAGUGGAAGUUUCGAAAGUGUGCUUGGAAGACUAUACAACUCAAUAUGGGAUAAUACAAUCCCCCAACUUCCCUAGGAAUUAUCCCAACAAUAUGGACUGCAUUUAUAGAAUCACAGUGGAAAGAAGUCAUCAGAUUGCAUUGCACUUCACUAACUUUUCCUUGGAUGCCUCUGUAGGAACAGGAUGCAUUGAAGACUAUGUGGAAAUCAGAGAUGGAGGCCAUGAAGAGUCACCAUCCCUGGGAAAAUACUGUGGAAUAAAUAAGCCUCCAAGGAUAAUCUCUCAUAGUAACAAAUUAUGGAUAAAAUUUAAGACAGAUAUAUUUGGAUCAAGUUCUGGAUUCCUUGCCUUUUGGGAUGCAUCACUAACAGGCUGUGGUGGAAAUCUCACGGCUCCAAGUGGUGUCUUCAUGUCUCCCAACUAUCCAAUGCCAUACUUUCACAGUUCUGAAUGUUUUUGGUUGCUGAAAUCCAGCAGAGGAAGUCAGUUUGAACUCAAGUUUGAAGACUUCCACUUGGAAAAUGAUUCAAAUUGCCUUUUAGAUUAUUUGGCUGUCUACGAUGGUCUGACCACUGAUGCUAACCUCCUGGUCAAGCUUUGUGGCAGCAAGCUACCGCCACCGAUCCGCUCCCGCGGAGAUAGUCUCUUGUUAAAGCUGCGGACAGACGAGCAGCAGCAGGGGGGAGGCUUCCUAGCCCAAUACCAGCAGACUUGCCAGGAUGUGGUGAUUGCCAAUCUUUCUUAUGGCAUCCUAGAAAGUAUAAAUUAUCCAAAUCCCUAUUUUGGAAAUCAGCGUUGCAACUGGACCAUCCAAGUAACAGCUGGCAACACAAUAAACUAUACUUUUUCAGCAUUUGAUCUGGAAGAUCAUAGCAACUGUUCUCUGGAAUAUUUAGAGCUGCAUGAUGGGCCUCAACUGAUAGCCCGUUACUGUGGAGCAGAAAUCCCCCCUGCGGGCACCACCACGGGGUCCAAGCUUCACGUGCUCUUCCAUACCGAUGGAGUCGGCAACAAUGAAAGGGGAUUCCAGAUGUACUGGAACCUCAAUGGUUGUGGUGGGGAGCUGAAUGGACCUUCUGGCUCCUUUACUAGCCCUGGGUACCCCGGUAACUACCCCCCCAAUAAGGAGUGCAUCUGGUACAUCCGCACAGCCCCUGGGAGCAGCAUUCAGCUCACCAUCGAUGACUUCAAUGUAGAAUACCACUUAAACUGCAGAUAUGAUGUCCUUGAGGUCUAUGGUGGCCCUGAUUUUCAUUCUCCUAGAGUGGCUCAGUUGUGUUCUUCCAGAUCAAGAGAUAACCCUCUAAGGGUGUCAAGCACUGGAAAUUCAUUGGCAAUCAGAUUCAAGACUGACAGCAGCAUAAAUGGGAGGGGUUUUAAUGCCUCAUGGCAAGAGAUCCCUGGAGGUUGUGGAGGAAUUUUCCAGGCUUCCAGUGGAGAAAUCCAUUCUCCAAACUACCCCAAUUCUUACAGGAGCAACACAGACUGCACCUGGGUUAUUCAGGUGGACAGAAACCAUCAUGUUCUCUUAAACUUCACUGACAUUGACUUUGAACCACAAGAUGCAUGUAUUACUGUCCACGAUGGUUCAAAUGCUGCGUCUGCUCGUCUUCUCAACAUUUGUGGAAGACAACGACCCGUCCCUGUCAUCUCUUCAAGAAAUAUCCUCUUUGUGAGAUUCCAGUCUACCAGUGCCAGCCAGAACAGAGGCUUCAGGGCCCGAUUCAUAGAAGCCUGUGGAAGCUUCAUAGUCACUGAUUCUAUUGGUUCUAUUUCCUCGCCUUUGUUCCCGGCCAAGUAUCAAAGCAACCAGAAUUGCAGCUGGAUAAUUCAAGCUCAACCUCCAUUUAAUCACAUCACUCUUUCUUUCACUCACUUUGAACUUGAAUCCAGCACCAACUGUUCAAAGGACUUUCUAGAAAUUUUGGAUGGAAGUGACUAUGAUGCCCCUCUCCAAGGCCGAUACUGUGGCAGAAAUAUGCCAUUACCUAUCACAUCUUUCAGCAAUUCCUUGACAUUAAAGUUCAUCUCUAAUGCCAAUGUCAAUUUUGAGGGCUUUCAUGCUACUUACACUGCAUCGUCAUCAGCUUGUGGCGGUACUUUCCAUAUGGCAGAAGGCGUCUUCAACAGUCCUGGCUACCCGGAUAUUUAUCCCCCCAAUGUGGAAUGUGUCUGGAACAUCCCUAGUUCCCCUGGAAACCAACUGCAGCUGUCGUUCAUAACUUUCCAAUUAGAAGAAACUGAGGACUGUACCAAAGAUUACCUGGAGAUCCGUGAAGGAAAUGACACAGGGCACCUGGUUGGGCGGUAUUGUGGACGCUCUUUAUCCUUCAAUUACACAUCAAUUAUUGGACAUAAAUUGUGGAUCAAAUUUGUCUCGGAUGGUUCAGGCAGUGACAUAGGCUUUCAGGCCACAUUUGUCCACACAUUUGGCAAUGAUAAUAUUGUAGGAUCUCACGGGAAAAUUGCUUCUCCAUUAUGGCCCAGAAAUUACCCUCAUCGCUCUGAUUAUCGCUGGACAGUGAAUGUGAAUGAUUCUCAAAUUAUCCACGGCACAAUUCUGGAGAUGGACCUAGAAAAGUCAACUGGCUGCUAUUUUGACAAGUUAAUGAUCUAUGAUGGUCCCAACAUUCACUCCCGACUUAUUGGAAUUUACUGUGGGACAGAAACAACUUCCUUCACCUCCUAUCGAAAUUCUAUUACAUUUCGGUUCUUCUCAGACUCUUCCAUCUCAGGAAAGGGAUUUCUUUUGGAGUGGUAUGCAGUAGAAUCUCAUAUGAGACUUGUCACACCUACCAUUGCUACAGGUGCCUGCGGUGGUUACCUAAGAAGUGGGGAAACUCCAGGGUUCUUUUUCUCUCCCAGGUGGCCUGAAAAUUAUAACAGUGGGGCUGAUUGUAGUUGGGUCAUCCAUGCCCCAGAUUCAACUGUUGAGCUCAACAUUCUUUCCCUGGACAUUGAAUCCCACCAGUCAUGUGCCUACGAUAGACUUGUGAUCAGAGAUGGAGACAGUGAUGCCGAUCAGCAGCUGACUGUUCUUUGUGGACGAGAAAUUCCUGGACCCAUCAGAUCUUCUGGGGAGUACCUGUUCAUUCGUUUCACAUCUGACUUCAGUGUAAAUGGUGCAGGUUUUAACGCUUCUUUUCAUAAGAGUUGUGGUGGCUAUUUACAUGCAGGCAGAGGGAUCAUUACAUCUCCUAAUUACCCUGAAACCUACCCUCCUAAUCUCAACUGUUCUUGGCAUGUCCUGGUUCUGAGUGGUCUUACCAUUGCUGUCCACUUUGAACAACCAUUUGAGAUUCCCAAUGGAGAGCCUUCAUGUAAUCAUGGCGACUAUUUGGUGAUGAAAAAUGGCCCUGACAAUUCGUCUCCUGCUUUGGGACCCAGGGGAGGAAAUGGCCGUUUCUGUGGCAACAAUUCUUUCUCUACUCUCUACACCACAGACAAUCAGAUGUUUGUUCACUUUGUUUCUGAUAACAGUGAUGGAGGCCAGGGGUUCAAGAUCAAGUAUGAGGCACAGAGCUUAGCCUGUGGUGGCAACAUCUACCUCCAUGAUUCCAACGUUGACGGCUAUGUGAUGUCACCCAAUUACCCUGACAACUAUCCAGUGCAUGCUGAUUGCAUUUGGACCAUAUCUGCUCCAAGUGGAAAGCUCGUAAAGCUUCAGUUUGAAGAUCAAUUUAAUAUUGAAAUAUCCACCAACUGUACUUCCAAUUACCUCGAAUUGAGGAAUGGAGGGGAUUCUGAAGCACCAAUAAUCUCCAGAUUUUGUGGAACAUCUUUGCCCGGCAGUCAGUUGUCCUCAGGUGAUGCCAUUUAUUUACGGUUUCGAACCGAUGACAGUCCCACCCAUAUUGGAUUCAAGGCCAAGUAUUCUAUAGCUUCAUGUGGAGGAAUGGUCAUGGGACAGAAUGGUGUUAUUGAAAGUCCACAGUACCUUGAGCAUCCCUAUCCUGACAAUCUGCUUUGUGAAUGGUUUCUCCAGGGUCCAGCAGGGCACUAUCUCACUCUUCACUUCGAUGCGCUGAAUCUUCAAAACUCUUCUGGUUGUGAGAAGGACUUUGUAGAGAUCCGGGAGGGCGACGAUUCUGGAAAUGUCCUGGGCAGGUACUGUGGAAAUACCAUUCCUCUGGCUAUUGACACUCCUAACAAUUUUGCUUUCAUCAAGUUUGUCACAGAUGAGUCUAUCGGUGCUCCAGGAUUCAGACUGGUCUUUGAAGCCAGCACCGAUGAGUGUGGAGGAGAUAUGUAUGGACACACUGGGAUAUUCACUUCUCCCAGAUACCCUAAUGCAAAUUCUCAUAGUCGAGUAUGUGAAUGGAGGAUCACUGUGCCAGAAGGAAGAAGGGUUACUCUGACUUUUAACGACUUGAGGCUGGGCAACCAUCAGUCAUGUGAUAAUGAAUAUGUGACAGUAAGUGCUUGGAGUGGCUGUGGUGGCAUACAGACAGGUGAAGGUGGAGUGAUCACAAGCCCAAACUAUCCAGCCACAUAUGGAAGUUCGAGCCAUUGUUCUUGGUUAUUGGAAGCUCCUCAAGGUCACACUAUCACUCUUUCUUUUACAUCCUUUGAUAUUGAAAGCCAUGCAGAGUGUAAGUGGGACUCUGUCACUGUCUUAAAUGGAGGUUCUCCAGGAUCUCCAGUUGUGGGGCAUUAUUGUGGAGCAAGAAUCCCCAGGCCCAUUCAGUCUGGUUCAAAUCAACUAGUGGUCAUCUUUAAUUCAGACCAUUCUGUGGAGGAAAGGGGCUUUCAUGCCAUGUGGACCACACAGACUUUGGGCUGUGGUGGGAUACUUCAUUUUGACAAUGGUACAAUCAAGUCUCCUCACUGGCCUCAAAAUUUUCCUGAGAACAGCAGAUGUGCCUGGACAGUCAUUGCACAUGAAAGCAGACACCUGGAGAUCAGCUUUGACAAUAAUUUCAUGAUUCCCAGCAGUGAUGGACAGUGUCAAGACAGCUACAUAAAGGUGUGGGCAGGGACUCAGGAAACAGAAGCAGCCCUGUUGGCCACUGGUUGUGGAAACGUGCCUCCCAGUUCCCUCAUCGUUCCAAGAAAUAUCUUCACUGCAGUGUUUCAAUCCCAGGGCGCCCCAGGACAAGGCUUCUCUGCAUCAUUCAUAAGUAGGUGUGGGGCUAACUUCACAAGCCCUUCGGGGUACAUUGUUUCUCCCAACUAUCCAAGUCAGUAUGAUAACAACAUGAACUGCAACUAUAUCAUCAAGGCAGAACCACAUGAAAUAGUCAUCGUAGAUUUUCAGUCUUUUCACCUAGAAGUGCCCUCAGAAUUAAGUGGAGGUUGUAUCAAUGAUGGAAUAAAAAUUAUCCAAGGUUACCAGGCAUCCUCCACACCCACUGCUACAUUUUGCGGUAAUGAAAUUCCUGAAAGCAUAAGCGUUUCUGGCCCGAUGACACUCCACUUCUACACCAACUCUCGUAACACAGACUUUGGAUUCAAAGCAAAGUAUAGAAGACUCCCAUGUGGUGGCAGGUUCAACUCCUCCUUUAGCAUCAUCAGAAGCCCUGGUUAUCCACAAUCAAAAUACCCCAACAAUAUGGACUGCUCUUAUCUCAUCACUGUUAGAAACGAUAAAGUAAUAGGACUCAAGUUCAGUGAUUUUAAUGUGGCCCUGUCCACCUUCUGUUCCCAAGACUACCUAGCUGUGUAUGAUGGCCCAAAUGCCAGUGCUCCGCUUCUUGGCAAAUUCUGUGGCUCGCAGCUUCCACCAUAUAUCAAAAGCACCAAUAACAGCUUGCUCCUGGUGUUCAAGACGGAUAUCUUUGGAACAGCGAAAGGCUGGAAGUUGUCUUUCAGAGAGACAUUGGGACCUCAGCAUGGCUGUGGAGGUUAUCUGACAAAUUCAAAUUUCACCUUCGCUUCUCCCGAUUCUGAUGCUGAUGGCAAAUACGACAAGAACUUAAACUGUGUGUGGGUCAUAACAGCCCCUGUCAACAAAGUAAUCAACCUGACCUUUACUACAUUUUUUCUGGAAGGACAAUCUUCUCUUCGAGGAUGCAUUUAUGAUUAUGUAAAGGCGUACGAUGGUGAUAGUGAAAACGCCGAUUUGGUGGGCACGUUUUGUGGUUCCACACUACCUGCUCCUUUUAUCUCUAGAGGCAACUUCCUUACAGUUAAAUUUGUCAGUGAUAAUUCUGUAGAAAUGGAAGGAUUCAAUGUGACAUAUGCCACCUUGGACUUACCCUGCGGAGGAACAUUCAAUGCCACGCAGACCCCACAGACCGCUGCUUCACCUCAUUCUCCAGAUCCCCUCUUCCCACUGUCUGUCUGUACUUGGGUCAUUGAUGCACCCCCCCAGCAGCAAGUCAAACUGGUCAUAGAGGCAUUUCAGCUCCACUCUGAGGACUGCUCCCAGAAUUACCUACAAAUUCAGGACUCCCCAGAGAAUGAUCAGAGCCCUGUGCAUAAAUUCUGUAGAGAUGAUGCAUCCGCUGUACCUGAGUUUUAUUCUUCUCAUAGAACUGCUGUUGUGGUUUUCAAAUCACAAGAAUUCCAGAGUGACAGUAGAGUCAGAUUUACCUAUCAAGUCGCAGAUUGCAGCAGAGAAUAUAAUCAAGCCUUUGGCUAUCUGAAGAGCCCUGGCUGGCCAGAGAACUAUCGCCAUAACCUGGACUGCUCCAUCAUCCUCAGAGCCCCGCAGAACCACUCCAUCACUCUCUUCUUUCACUCUUUCAGCGUGGACUCCACAAGGGAAUGCAGAGAUGACUUCCUAGAGAUAAGAAAUGGGAGUGAUGGAAGCUCCCCAUUACUUGGCAAGUACUGUGGUUCUCAGCUUCCCAAUCCCAUAUUCUCUAAAAAUCAUCUUCUGUAUCUACGAUUCAAGAGUGAUGCUAUCCACUCAAGUCGUGGAUAUGAAAUCCUAUGGACUUCAUCUCCAUUCGGCUGUGGUGGAAUUCUCUAUGGGGAUGCUGGCUCUGUGACGAGUCCUGGCUAUCCCGGUACCUAUAAGAACGGCACUCACUGUGAAUGGACCCUCACCGCCCCUGCUGGAAGGACUCUCACAGUCACUUUUUAUUUUAUCAGCAUUGAUGAUCCGGGAAAUUGUAUCCAAAACUAUCUGAUUGUUUAUGAUGGACCUGACGCCAGCUCUCCUUCUUCUGGACCCUACUGUGGAGCGGAUACAGAGAUAGCACCAUUUGUAGCCUCUUCUAAUCGUGUCUUUAUAAAAUUCCAUGCCGAAUAUGCAGUUUCCCCAUCAGCUUUCCGAUUAACCUGGAGCAGUUAGAGACCAAAGCUACUCUUUUUAGUUGGCACUUUGGUUCUACCGAAGAGAUAAUCAGUUCAUAAAGUAUUUGACAAAAUGCUGCCAAUGUAAUAAGUUAGAAUUGAACAUUAUUUAUUGUGUAGUUUGGUUGUUGGGAACAACUUGUGCUUUUUUCCCUCCAUGGGAAAAAUAUUUGUGCACUAUUAAACAUGAAGCAAAUCUC